CCACAUCUGUCAGCUAUUGACCUGCAUGAAAGAGUCACAGUGAACUUACACAACAGCCUGCCAACAAUAGUCAGGUUUGUGACUGUUAGGAGAGGAAAAUGCUCAUCUAAUGUUUGUUUCCAAGAUUGGAUUUUACCCCAGGGAAGCUAUGCCUAAUGAAAAUGAAGACAAAGUCAUGAAAGCUUGCCAUAUUUGUUCUAGGGCAUCUUCAUGCCAGCACACGUUUGCCCCUUCCGCCAGAAUGAAGAAACCAGGCUCUUAUGUCAGAGACCUACACUGGUUGCAUAUACUGCUGGUCGUCAUACUGUCAGGUCAAGCUUCCUGUAAUCACACCUCCACUGCUCCUUCUUCCACUCUCCCUCUUCCUACAACAACUGCACAGACUUCAGCAGUAAACUACUUUCUCGAAGUCACCGUGGAUGUCACUGGAGUGACGAAGAAUGAAUCAGAAAUUAAGGAGUGGCUUAACCAAGUGUUCCAAAACAGGCUGGGCAGCUGUGUGUCUCCAACAACUGCCACACCUACCUCUCCACAAACAACAUCUGUCAGCACCUCAAAUGAGACAACAUUCAUGACGAUAGUAGCGACAACAUUACAAGACAACAACACAACUACAGCAUCAACAUCAACAAUGUUCAAAAGCAACAACACAACUACAGCUACAGCAUCAACAUCAACAAUGUUCAAAAGCAACAACACAACUACAGCUACAGCCACAACAUCAACAACACCAACAAGCAAAACAACAACUACAGUUCCAACAUCAACAACGUUAAAAAACAAAAAAACAACUACAGCUACAACAAUCACCACAUUAGCUGCAAAGAAGAACAACAGCCUCCCUAGCAAUGGAGGAAAGAACACACCAGCAAACGGAACAAAUCCCAAUCAGCCAAACAAGCAGCGGGUGGCCCGUCAAAUUAGUAACAAUGUGACACAAACCAGUGAUCUCAGUGACAAAACAACUGACCUACUUCAAGGAAUUGAGGUUUCAUGCAUCAAAAAGACUGCAAUACUAAACACAAAGUGUUCUGUGAUGCUGCAGCUGAGGCAGGAAGUGCCUCCAUGUUGUAUUCUCCGCACUCUCUGUGCGGCCAGUAAAACUUCCUCUGACAUCUACGUGGUGGGGAAAAAAGCAGAUCGAGGAAUUCCACUACAAAACGAGUGCAAUAACAAACCACAGGUGGACAACAGUUGCACAUAUACUGGUCCCGCCAGUGCAUCAUGUGAAGAGUCUGGGGCUGCAUAUGUAGCAGAUCAAAGCAACUCAACCAACUGUAGUCGUCCAGAUGCAGCGACCAACAACUGCAGCUGCUCUGCUUACUGCAGUAGAGAUGAUUCAUACUACACUUUUCAAAUGUCAAUACAAGAUCCCAAGAUGAACUUUUCAUAUGUUUUGUCUCUGAUGUCUAAGCUAAAACAAGCACCAGAGUGCUCUCCAAGUCCAGAUUCGGCGUGUCCAUUGUCCAUCAUUGCAUCAGAGUACAAGGAUGCCAAUAUGACCUGUGUAGGUACUACAACAAAUCUGGGAAGCUGCAAAGUGAUUUUAGGCUUUAACGUGAAGGUUCCUAUCUGUACUGUGGCGGCAGCUGUGGCGAAUGUGUUACAGCCUGAAAAACAGAUCAGUUAUGAUGGAAGGGUGACUCAAGCAGCAAUAUGUGAAAAUUCAGAGGUCAGCGGCAAUCCACUGAAAUUCCCGCUCACAUGGGUUGUCAUGAACCUUACGCCUGCUACAUUUUGUAUGACAAUAAAAGAGACUGACAUCCUCACCUGUCAAAAUGGAAAUAAUGUGGUUGUAAAGCUGGAACAGCAUUGUGUUUACGAGCUCAGCCCAAAUGUGACAACCAUACAACCAAAUGCCACAGCCUCGUCUGCAAAUGUAACUUCACCCCCACUGAACACAACAGCUGCACCCCUCAAUGCCACCACUGCUGCUGCUAACAUCACGGUGACGGCAACACUCAACACAACCACAACCACGGCAAACGCAUCCAUCUCUGUGACUCCAACUACCACUGAAUCAGCUGAAAGCCAAGCCAAUGCCCUCCUUGAACUGACCAGAGACAUGUCCAAACUGAACUCCAGCCAAAUCAAUCAGCUGGUGUCUCAGCUGGAGAAUCUUUUGUCAGGGCCGACUGUCAGCCUGGCACUGGGAAACAUCUCCGUCCACAUUGUCAGCAAUCUGCUGGGUGCUUCUCCUGAAAAGCUGGCCGACUCCUCUAACAGGAUUAUAGGGAUUGUUGAUACAGUGGGGCUGAAGCUGGUCCUUGAAGACAAGCCUGAGACCCUCCUGUCUUCAGCUGUGGCUUUGUCUGUGAAACCAGCAGAUGGCACUAACUUUCAGGAAACAUUUUUUUCCAUCUCAGACCCAAGUAACGUACAGGUCCGUGGGGAUCCCAGGCCGAGGAGGAGUUCGAGAGCACACUCCUCCGUCCCUCAGGGCUCCAUUAGGCUGCCCCCCACUCUCACACAGGACCUGAGCUCUGAGGAACAGCAGCAGGCCUCCAGAGUCCAGUUCAAUUUCUACCAGAGGAGCACCGUGUUCCAGGACAGAUCUCUGGGACAACGCAAACUUAACAGUGGGAUCCUGGGGGCAAGCGUGGCCAACUUGUCGAUCUCAGGGCUGAAAGAUGAUGUUGUAAUUCAUUUGAGGAACAAUGAGCCGGUUCCAGCAAAUUUUGUGGCUACAUGUGUUUUCUGGGACUUUACACGCAAUAAUGGGUCAGGUGGCUGGAAUCCUAAUGGCUGCUCAGUCCAAAACAGCACAGACAAUGAGACAAUUUGUGGCUGUGACCAUUUAACCAGCUUCGCUAUCCUGCUGGACCUUUCCAGGAAGCCUGUAACCAAUCGUGUCCAGGCCACCAUCCUCACCUUUAUCACAUAUAUUGGCUGUGGAAUCUCUGCCAUCUUCCUGUCCAUCACCCUCCUCACCUACCUGGCCUUUGGGAAGUUGCGCAAGGAUAUUCCCUCCAAAAUCCUGAUCCAGCUGUGCCUGGCUCUGCUGCUGCUGAACUUGGUCUUCCUGGUGGAUGCUUGGCUGGCGCUUUACCCAGAGGCCGUGGGCCUCUGCAUCUCCACUGCCUGGUUCCUCCACUACUUCCUGCUGGUCACCUUUACCUGGAUGGGACUCGAGGCCGUUCACAUGUACCUGGCCCUCGUGAAAGUCUUCAACAGCUACGUGUCACGCUACAUGCUUAAGUUCUCGCUGGUCGGCUGGGGCAUCCCGAUGAUUGUGGUCAUCAUAGUCAUUGCCAUCAACAGGGAUAACUACGGCCUUGUCUCCUAUGGAAAGUUCCCUGACGGCACCAGUGAUGACUUCUGCUGGCUGAAAAAUGACAUUGCCUUCUAUGUGGCUGUGGUGGCCUAUUUCUGUGUCAUUUUUCUCUUCAACCUCAUAAUGUUCAUUGUGGUGCUGGUCCAGCUGUGUCGGAUAAAGAGGCAGAACCCUCACAAUGUGCAGCACCGCAGCACAAUGCAGGAUGUGCGCAGCGUGAUGGGGAUAACCAUCCUCCUGGGCCUCACAUGGGGCUUUGCCUUUUUUGCCUGGGGGCCCGUUAACCUGCCAUUCAUGUACCUCUUUGCCAUCUUUAACUCCUUGCAAGGUUUCUUUAUAUUUGUGUUCCACUGUGCGGUGAAGGAAAAUGUGAGGAGGCAGUGGAGGGUCUACCUGUGCUGUGGCAGAAUGAGACUGGCAGAGAACUCCGAAUGGAGUCGCACUGCAACACAGAAAACUGUGAAGAAGUCAUCAGUGACCAGACUGACGUCUCUUCAUUCCUCAAAGUCAUCCCAGUCCAAUAAUUCAUCUGGCUCCACUUCUUGUCUUGUCAGUGACUCUUCAGAGCAGAUUAAUGGCAUCAGUAGUCCAUUUGAAGACAGAACAAUCACAGCUGAUGAAGACCCCAGUAUGGACGUGAUCCUCAACGAGAUCAACAGGCAAUACAGAACCCAACAGGCUCCCUGAUCCAAAAAGACAGAACAGACUGUUUAAUGGCUCUUAUUUUGAAAUACAUGUAUAUAAUGUAAAUUAAUAGAGUAAUUUAUGUAUUAUAUAAUUAAACAGGCAAUGUAAAUCCUAAAUUAUACAUAGCACUUGAUUUUUACACACUUUUACAUUCAUUUAUUCACUUCGGACUGAAACUGAAUUACUUUGCACAGUGAUAUUAUCACUAUAACUAGUCAUAUUCCUAUGGUAUGUAGCAUACACUGAUGCUAACCCAUCGUGAGCAGGUUAACAUCAGGACAAGCGAACAGACUGACAUCAGUCCAGUCUAACACGUUAGAUUCAAUAAUGUUAGGUAAUUUCACAUAAUAGGUAUUGCUGCCUGCAAGCAACACUCAAAUAAUAGUUAAUUAAAUUGACUUAGCUGCAGAAGCCCCGUUGCUUCAUGUUUGGAUGACCUAAAUUUGGUGGACAGAUUGGCAACAAAGUUGAGCUCAAUAAACACCUCAAGUUAAAAAACUAACAUCUAUAAAAUAAAGUUUAAAUGAAGAACUAAAGAGCAAAUCCCCUUUCACUCUGCUCAGUAUUCAGGUUUUUGACUGUAAAGGACAGCAGAGUCAAAGAAAGAGAGUUAGGAAGCAGUCUAAGUUCAUCCUGUGGGGAACAUGAGUCUAGAUUUUCAGUUAGGGUAAAAAAAAGUAUUGGACCAAGACUUAUGUCCCUAGAAGGAUGAAACAAAUGGUGAAAAUGAUCCACGACAAAAUGAUUCACGCCCAGGCAUGUAUCAGGUAGAACUUUGCAUUAAAUGUGAUGAAUACUGUAACUGUGUAGGUGUACCAUAGCUGUACAGGGCCUUAGUAUUACAUUAUAAGGGCUGCCUGUACAUCUGUGAGAAUAUGACUGAGAGUUACUACUAAACUCAAGCAGCUAAUGAAGCUUGAGUGAAACAGGUGAAGCCAUUGAAGUUCUUACUGAGGUAUAUUCUUUUGGGAAUUAUCUUGUACUGUGAUAUUUUUUGAUUGUGGUAUUUUAAAAAAUUAUAACAGAAAGUGUUUUAAAACUUGACCAAGAGAUACACAACAGCAUGAAAUACAAUUGUCAUUUAGCCAUAGUAUAAUUUAAAGAUGCGACUAAUGAUACUUCCCAUCACAGAUUCAUCUGAUUGUUCCCCUUCUAUUGUUUAACCAUUUGAACAAUAAAAAGUUCUCAGAGCCCAGAGUGAUAUUUAGUCUACCAUCGUAUAAGACGAAGAAUAGGUGAAAAUCUUCACUUCAACAACCAAUAUUUUGCUUUGUGUGUAUCAUUUCAGUCUGGGAUAUUUGAAAAAAAAAAAAGACAAGACAUUUUCCCCCCUAAACAUUUUAAUUGUAGAUGGUCAAAAAAUUAUCUCAAGUGGGACAGAACAGCAUUUGGUGAAAUUAUAUAGAAUAAAUAAAUGUAAUUGAGUCCCACAGGGUUGAUCACGCAUAAACGUGCUUUGUACUGUAUAUGCAAGCUACAUUCACUGUCCUUUACAUGCACCUAAUACAGUCUUAAAAAACUUAAAAUAUAUCAGGAGAAACCAAGGUGCUAAUAAAACAUGACAUAAAAACAGCACAAGCACAGAGGUGGCAUUAAAGUGGUGGAAUUGUUUCCCUUUUAAAACACAUUUGGACUUCAACACUUCAGUCUCACUGGGCAUGAUCACAUUGCCUUGAUACAACCUGAAAGAAUCAAAUCACAUUUGAGCGGCGGUAACAAAAACAGAGCUUAAAGUGACUCAGUUCAGCCGGGCUGAGUCUAUAGAUUGGCCUAUCACACGAUUUGAGCUUGUAACUCAAGAAAAAAAAAAAAAAAAAAAAAAAACUAAAGAAAACAA